AUCCAUCACCUAGUACACACAGACAAUGAUACCCUAAUCGGAUUCACAUCAUCCUAUAGCCAAGCUCAACUAGGAAAAAAAAUAUUACUUGCACGCACUAGCAGACGUUGAUACCAUUUUCAAUUGUUCAGUCAAUUGUAUACGAAAUUUACCAUGCAUAAUAGUAAUACCGAGCCUCAACAAUUAUCAAUAUCGAGGGCUUCAUCUCUGCCCUUACCUGAAAACCCCUCUCAACACUCACAGGUCCAGCAACAACCACUACAGCAAAAAUCAUCAUCGUCACCUAAUACCUCUUUUUCCACUUCUCCAAAGCAACUACCACAACUUUCUCCAAAACUUCAGCAAGUAUCAUCUUCGCCAACCCUCCCCUUGUCUGAUGAGCUCGUGCAAGGCGAGGAUAUCAACGCUCCCACAGGUCGAAAUGUAACAUUGUCAACACGUAUAGGAUCCACAGGAUCCGAGCUCAUAUCACCUGUGAAUGAGGCUCGGAAGGGGACAGGGCGCAGAGUUCUCCACCGACCCCAGCCUUUAGAUUUGGACUAUGCUAAGAAGAAAAAUCUUCAUUCACAAUCCCAACAACAUUCUCUACACACAGCCCCCGUGUCCAUAUCUGAUACUAGACCUGCCUCUAAUUUUCCAGUCUCUGUACAAGCAUCGGGGUCCGCGAUAUUACAGGGCCAAGAUGUUGUCGGGACAGCCAAAGAACCCAAACAAAAGGCCAAGCUCCCCUUACUGCAUAUCAAAACUGAUCUCAACCCAACGACUUCGUUUCGUCGUGCGCCUACGGCUUCAGCAUUGAGUGGCAGUCAAAGCAAUAAUAACGCAUCGGCCAAUGCGGUGAGUGGCAUUGCCAAUCCAUCCAACAACAAAGUUAUCAAGAAGGAGCCAAGCAAAUGGCAGGUGGGCCUAGAGCGGAUGCUUAAAAAGAUCCAAAAGCGGAAGCGAGCGCCUUCCAAUAUCAUGUGGUAUGCAGCACAUUCAGCAGCAGCUUAUAUGUCAUCGAGUGCUACCAUGGAUACUACUAGGCUUAAAGGAGGAGCACUAAAAAACCAAUGGGAGAAUCAGCGGCCGCAUCAGCAAAUAGAUACAGAUCUCGAUAGCCUCUACUUCAAAGGUGACAAGCCUCCAAAGUGGGUCGUGGAGUCAGUACCAGGAGAAGCAGAAGAUAUGUUUUUUAGCGAUGACACUGUAGAAUUGACGUUGAACCUACGCGAUUACCUCAUCAAAGCGACUGAGGGCGGCUGGGACAUAGCAGAGCUGAGAGAAGAAACUUUUCCCAUGGACUACACAUCCAUGUUCAACAGCCGCAGGACCAGAUCAGCAUCACCACAUGGAAGUCCACACAGGGCAUCAUCUCCAAAUGUCCACGCCCCAGCACCAGAUUCACCAGGCGCAACGUCCCAAGAUUCAUCCAAUUCAUUAUUCGAGUUUGAGUAUAAUGCUCAGCAAUCUAAUAUUGGCCGAUAUGUAGACGAGGAGCCAGGAUCAUAUCAGUUGUUGGAUUACCUUAUGGUUACCUUGUCCGAUAUAAUCUCACAUGAUUGUCGCUAUAAGGUUCAAUAUCCUCGGCCCUCUCGGCCAGAAUGGGCUCUGCAUUCAAUUAUUCUCGAUAUCCUAUUCCACCUGUCAAAAAUGCUUGUACAUGAUCACAAGGCUAUCUACGAUAUUGGGAUGAUUGCGCUCUCGGCCUUUACAGUCUUCCAGAAUAAUACCCUUGUCCGCCUACUGGACCUUUUGACGGGCACUAUUCUACCAUCCUUUGCAAUUUCUAGGAUGCAGUCAUUUUCAUCAACACCACCAUUGGCACCAUCGGCUUCGAACUCCCCGCUAUCACCCUCCAAAAUCCGUGUUCAAUUAAACAAUAAUCAAACGUUUGCGAUUCAAAUUCAUUCGCCUACAGAGGAGCAAGGGAUGCUUGCUGCUCCUCGACGAGGAAGAAGCGGAGGGGGGCAAUCUUUCAGCUCUCCUAGCUCGCAUCAUGUACUCAACUCAAGAUCUAAUCCAACCUCAUUCACGCAGGCCCAGGAUACGAUGGAUUUGCAUGCUAGUUCGCUUAUUUCAUUCACAUUAGUGUCAAUGCUUCAGCAGAUCUCGUUCACCAAAGCGCCUCUGCCUGUAGCGAAGCAACUUCAAAAGUCUAUAGGAGAUCUUUUACGGAUAAAGCCCGAUCUCUCAAUGGAUCUACUGCAAAUGAUUGCUGUUGUAGAAAACGAGAAGAUACUAAGUCGAGCUCUAGAGGUCUUGUGGUGGAUCAGUAAGCCAUCCUUAGGCCAUCAUGUUCUUUCGGAUAAAUUCCUUCCACUUGACUAUGAGACUGUCUUGCUGAUUCGACAAUCAGCUCUUCAAGAGAAUAUGUCUACGAUGGCGGCAACGGCUGCAGCAGCUGUACCCUCCGUUGUCGGCUUCAGCCCCACAAACCUCACCAGUGCCACCGCUGGGUCGCGGACAAACACCAUAAAGUCAGAUGUGCAGUUUUCUCUUCGACGAGGCUCAUUGGACGAUCCUAUAAUCCCUCGGAGCAAUGCAGCAGUCAGAAGCGAUUCUAUUGGUAGCUUUGGGAUUCGGUCUAAACGUGGCCAUCGUUCGUCCUUACUUCGACGAUCAGCAGUAUCAUCAGCACACGCAACAGAGAUCUUAUCAUCAACCAUACAUCCGCAUGCUGCCACUGCUCCAACAGCAUCUAAUGGUACUAGCUCCACUCCUGUCCUUGGACCUGACUACCUUGCAGACCAUGAACUAUACCCAUACAUUUUUUCGGGACUUGAGCCGGAGAAUGACCAGGAUCCAGUUCAGGUAAUCAAUUGCGAACGCUGUGAGGCGGCCGUGAAGGGAUUUGGGCUCUUUUGCUACCUAUGCCGAGGAGCACUUCAUCUCGACUGUUUUUAUGGAGUCAAGCGGCUUGCAGGGAUUGACUGUACUCAACCAUGUUGUGCUUUCGACCUGGUCUCAAGGCGACCGAGGAACCAAUUAAUGUAUCCGACAGAAGAAGCAGAAAGUAAUAAGAACGAUGUUUUGUAUGAGAAUAAGACUAAUCAAAUAUAUCGGAAACGAGCGGGCCACCAUCUUCAACUGGUUAACUUAUUUGCGACCUGUCUCUGUGGGGCCUGUAAACGACCUCUGUGGGGCCAUCAUUUCCAAGCGUACCGAUGCGGCGAUUGUGGACAGCUAAUGCAUCUAGAUUGUCAAGGAACACCAUUAGAGUGCGGAACUGUUACACAAUCGCUGGAGCCUCGUAACUUCGUCCCUAUAUCGAUUAGUUAUGAUGAUUUACGACAGAGCUUUCUGGAGUUCUAUCGGGAACUCAUCUCUAUAUGGGAGAUCAAUAACCCUUCAGCAUCAUCAAUGUAUUCUUCCGCUCCAGGAGUGGCAGUAACGGCAGCAACCUCCAUUCCUUCGCCAGCUACGCCUUUAUCUGCACAAUUUAAAGAACGAUACUCAUAUGAAGAAGCUAGCUGCAACGCCAGCAUCCUAAUGCUACAGCUUGAACUUUUAUUAACAGGAAUUACACGAGAAGAAAUACAGGUGCAUGAAUGGGCCUCGAAGGAAGAGACAGAAGAGCAGCCCACACCAUUAGAGCAGGGCUUAUUAAUGAAAAUGACUGCUUCAGGGUUUGAGUUGAUAACGCUCCAAAAGUUCUUUGUAGAUCUUGUUAAAUCUAUGCAGCAGCAACACUUUUCGUCUUCUUCUGGUACUGCUACUGCUGGUGCUCAUCAGCAGCUGAUGCCAUUGUCAUUAUUUGUGGCCGAUUUUUUCGAAGACACCCUACCAGAUACUCUUCUACUCUUUUCGCCAUCUUACUGGAGCCAUUUUGCCGCGUUGGCCAAAACUAUGAUCAGGGAGACAGAAGCUAUACACACAGACAGCCAUCAUCAUCCUCAUCAGUACAACCACCAGCAAUAUUUCAUUUCUACGCCUACAGAAAGUGGUGGCGGCCUUUGUGAGGAUAUUUUUGCUCCGGACCUGGACACAGCUCAGGAACAACUAUUAGCACAACACUCAGUUCAAAUGAGCCAUAUAUCUCUAUCUACCAUCCUACGGUUCUGUAUACGGCGACUCGAAUUUCAUAGUCAUUGGACUAUGCAAGUGAUUUUGCAAGAGUGGGUCAAGAUGGGACUUUUAGAACGUCUAGAUGGAGAGUUGUGUUUGUUUGAGGUGGACAGGCCUACCACUAUAACAGCUCAAGGUUCUGGGGAGUUUUUACCUACCACCACUAUUGUUGGCAUACCUUCAAAUCGCUCUCAAUUUUCGCCUAACGAUUCUUGUUUAACGCAGAACCUAGACCUACAGCAGCAGCAACAAGAUCAACGCAUAGACGACUUGGAUACCGUUGCUGCUAGUGCUGCUACCAUUACUUCUACGCUCCCUAUAAUUCAAACAUCUUAUUCCGAUGCAGCCGUCGGAAGCAACAACGGUACAACAGCUAUGAUGCCUUCACAGAGGGUAGUUCGAGAUGUGCACUGCCUUUUCCCGAUGGUCAAUGCGAUUGACCCGACUCGGGAUGUCGAGGACUUGAUCCAUACCAUUUGGAGCUGCCUUAGUACCAUUAACCUAUCGAUUAAUGAAAGCGGGUUUCUGUUGUUGACGAGGCAUUGUUGCCCAGACCCGUUCAUGUCGGAUUAUACUUGCGAACGGUUGGUAGGAUGUAUCUUUCAUUGGUUGCUUCUGGAGGAUGAGCAUUUAAUUUCUAUCCAUAAAAACUAUACAUCCAGAGGGAAGAAGAUCCCUGGAGUUCGAAAUGACCUCGAAGAGCAGAUGGCGAGGAAGCGCGCGUUGUUGAAUACUAUGAAUAUAACGCCGCCUGGUAGUGGCGAUGCUCUUAACAGUGGUAGAUCAGGUGUGACAGACAGCCCAUUAAUGUCUGGGGUUACCACAAGCUCCAUGACCGCGGCAACAAACCCUACUACGACCAGUACUACUACUGCUGCUGCUGGCACUGCCUUUGCUAACGCAUAUUCGAGGACUAAUUCGACUACUACGGCUUCAAAUCUUUUUGGCGCCGUAGGAUCUUAUGUAAUGACCCGGAAACUUAUGGCUAAAAAGUUUGCGCUCCCCUGGCUUAAACAGAUUAUGAAGCUGGACCCAACAAGGUACUUUGAUAUGGUAUAUCGCCAGAUCAGGAUCCUGGAACGGGAAAUGGUAGCCCAAGAUGAAGAGGGCGCAGAGGAAUAUUUUACACAGGAGGAGAUAGAGAGAUUUCACCAACGCCAGGCAGAACGUUACCUUGAAUCAAUUGUGAAACUUCGUCAGGCAGGAUUUCUGUUCGAUAUGUUCCCGAAUAUACUUUGCCGUUGGUUGGACAAUCUCAAGGAACUGAUGGACGGUAUGGAUGUAUCGAGUAUGAACUUCAAAACUUUAAACAAGCUCUUUUUUAAAGCUAGUGCCAGAAGUGGCAGUGGAUUGGGACUCGGCAAUGCUGUUCGGAGUGCUGACGGGGGAGGCAGUAAUAGUCAUAGUAAUACUACCCUCAGUCGUCCUAUUCUAAACGGGUAUUCUGCAGCUACGGAGGUUGGUAAUAGUGGUAGUAGCGAUACUGGGGCUGGCAUUCAAAAAGAUAAUGAGUGGCGGAGCCGACUGAAAGCAAGAUUGUUCCAUGAUUCUUCGAAUUCCUUUGUGGGAAAUCAAUCACCGAUCGCUUCGGACGCUUCAGUUAUUGAAGACUUAAUUGAAAGUCCUCUCGAUACGCUUCGAGUCAUACUGAAGCGAUCUCAAGGCCCAGAUGAGCGUAGUAGCAAUGCGACUAGGGGCAACAGUAUUCAUAAAGCUCUCUUUUGGCUAGAUGCCAUGGUUCAAAGUGGUGUCCAUGUACCUGCACAAGCAUUUCUGGAGUGCUGCGAAAGCCUUGUGGAUGUAGUAGACUCCCCGGAUAUGGUACCAACAAGCAAUAAGGAAAAGAUUCAAAAUGAAACGUCAGGAACAUUGUCGGCACAACCUAAAGAUGCCUCGUCACUUACUGCGAUGUCUGGCCAAAAACCUUCGGCGAUUAGGCAAUAUGUUGUGAGCGACUCUGAGCUUCUUGAGCUAUCCAGAGAUUUUCUCAAAAUAUGUUGGCGACAUAUCGUAACGUCUGUAAACCGAAUGUCAGAAAGCGAGACAGGUGAAAUUGUUGAGGCCAUUUUGCUGAUAAAUCAAGCAGAAAUAUUGAGUAUUAUGAACCAGGAUGUCGGGAACGGAGAAAUUAGCAAGGAUCUUGACAGUGAACAACGGUUGCUCAAAUAUGCAUUAGCAAUCGCGAUGUACGGAUACGGAUGCCCAUUACGGACUAUCUUAGCUACAGAGAUAGUGCCUCUUAGUUUGAAUUCUAAGGAAAAGCGCAGCCGGCAAGGCAAGAGCCCUUCGGGAGGCAAUAGCGAUGGUAAUUUACCGUCGCAACAGCAACAGCAUUAUUCUAGGCAGCCAUUCCUGCUUGACCGCAACUCUGCAGUGAUAUCCAUGCUCUUAUAUAGUCUACGCACUCCUUAUCUCUCAUUGCAGGGUGAAGCCGUGAAAGUUCUGUCUGUUAUCCUGGACAAUGCUCGUAGGGUUUCGAAUAUGGAUGAUUUCAUUAAGAGCAUACACGAUGAUGUGCUUCCUAUCGUAUGGGAAAUGAUCUCACCACUGAACGACCACAUAACCGAGACAACACUACCUUUAUUGAUGCGCUUCAUAUCCAGACAUCCUGAUAUAUUUCAAAAAACCCUCUCGCAUUACUUUAACGAUCAGGACUGGGAAACCCGGUUUUCAGCACUUGACCCAGUUUUCGGACUCUUCUCCAAACUAGACGAUGCCAUGGUGAUGAAGCUUUUCUUCCAACCAAUAGUUGCGACAACCUCAUUCGCAAUGGGGACUAUGUUGAGCAGUAAAGGAAAAGACGUCGAAAGAGGAGGCAUACGCUCCCGUGACCAGCGACAGCAACAGCAACAGCACCAGCACAGAAAACGGCCGGGAGCCGACCCAUUUGAGUUCGAGAACAGUGAGAGCCGUGGUACAGGCUUGAGCGGGUAUGACCAGAAAGACUCAAACAAAAGCCAAGGCGAUUCACUGGAGCAACACUACCUUCACCACCGCUACCAGUUUCUUCCGGAUCAACUCCAGAGCCUGGGGCCCGCAUUUACUUUUUUUGUUUCCUCCAUGUGGGAUAAGGAAGAAGCAGUGCGCACUAAAGCCAAAACACUUCUCAAAGCACUUCAGCCUGUUCAUAUUCUCCACGCACUUAAGGCCUGGGAACUCCAUUUCAUUGCCAGCCCACCACAGGCCCAGCAGAUGCUCUUGAAGCUGAUGACACGCUUGAACAAUUACUUUCCUAGAUGGAAGAUAAUGAACUAUGGGCAAAUAUUUAGGCUACUCACGAGCGGAAAACUGGGCCAACUUGUUCCAGGCGGUAUCUCAGACGCUUCAAACGAGAGUCACAUAAAGCAUAGCAGUGACGCCUCAAGUGACUGUGGGAUGAAUACGGACAUGCCUUCGGACGAUUCCAAGCACCGCCCAGUAAAGGUAGAGAGCUCGCAAACCAGAAGGGCGUCUCCUACAUCGGCUUCGCCCAUAGAGACCUUCGAUGGACCGCAACCACACCACACAGGAUUACAACAGCAGCAGCAGCAGCUGAAUGAGACAGUACCCGAGCGGAGGGCAUCACUUAAUGUCCCGGCUGCUUUGGAUACAGAGUCACCAGUAAAUACGGCAUUCAUGCCAGCGGGCGAACCAUCACGAAGUCAUCGGCGUGCCUCUGUCAUAUUGUCUGCAAAGCCUGCUGAAUUGUCAUCUUCAUCAGCUCUAGAAACGGAAAUAGAAUCUCGCGAGAAACAGUUAGCUCUCGAAGAUGACAUCCACUGCAGUCUACUGAAUUUGGCUCUUCAGAUGGUGGCCAACGGUAUCGAACCUCGACUGGAUGAAGUGAUCCAGAUCAAAUACUUGGUAGUCUUUUAUCUCGAUUUUGAAGACUGCGAGCUUUUAAGCUUAGGUCAGGGUAAAUUCCAGGUCCGCUAUGGAGAGUAUAUUCCUCGACAGAGGAUGAGCCCUUUCCAUAGCAUAGCAGUAGCAGCGAGCACUAAAGAGGAAGAAGGUCAUAAUACUAUGCUGCCAAACGAUCCUGGCCACGAGAAUUUUGUGUUGACAAUUUGUAGAAACCUGCAGCUAAUUUUGGAUAGGUAUGUGGAGAUCAAGCCGGAUUAUGAACGUGAUCCACCCACACUUUAUGACCAACUCCAAUUCUUGAGAGGUACAGAAGGGGGAACAUUAUCUGGAUCUGAAGCGAUGAUGAUUCAGAGCGGCUAUGCGACACCACUCCCAGCAGCAAUGGGAACAACAGAAAGAACAUUUAGCGCAACUACUGCCACCGUUUUUGAUCCACCCAAGGAUUCGACGCAGGGGUCAGCUCCUGAUUCGCAAGAGGAGGACGAAGACAAUUGGGAAACCGAGCCCCAUCACCGUCAUAAUCUGCUUCACUUCUCUCGCAACAAGCACCGCCAGGAUGACCACCACAACAGCUUUCGAAAAGAUUCUUUCGGCAAACAAAAUAAUGUUGCUCAAAGGAAUCAAUACCAACAGAAUAAUUACUCGCCAUACGGGCAGCAUGGGCUGCAACCACGCUACCAACAAUAUCACCAUCACCACUACCGCCGCAAUCAGAAACGACGACUGGACGAUAAUACGCCCGUCGUAGGAACAUAUUUUGUGGACGUGAUCUUGCGAUUCCUUGGGUCUGAGACUGAUCUGGGCGCACUUCCUGCAGGAAGGCUGAAGGACUGGCUUGAACUGUUGUUCAUUGUGAUCUAUAAGUACAUCAAAGAAGUAGAUCCACUAUCAGAUCUCGUAGUUGUGCUAAUGAAACGCAUUGUGGACAUGUUGGUAGUUAAGAAGAACGUGAUAACGACGUCUGGAGGCACUACUGGUGCUGCUGCUGCCCUGAAUGUUAAUUCUCCUACGGGUGAAGAGUCGCUAUCUGAUGAGAGCAUCCUACUGUCGAUAUCUAUCUGCUCUACGCUUCUAAAGCGGUCUUCAACUAUGACAACUGCGCUACUUUCAAGAGAAAUCAUGGCUAUGGGGCGGUUGAUGACUAGAAGGAGAGAUGAUCCAGGCGAUCCAGUCCUGAACCGGGCAAAGAAUUUUUUACAUGACGCAUUUGUGCACUUCAUGGGUAGCGGACUAUUUGUCCUCGUUUUUAAGACUCAGCCUGCCCAUAAUAUAGAUUCAUUCGGCUGGGAAGAUCAAGUACAUGAAGUAGAUCAGGAUCUAGACCUUUUUUAUGUCCUAGCUACAGUCUUGGGUGAGGACGAAAUGGUGCCAUUGGACCCAUCUGCCUCCAGUGUACGUCUGGUCCAUUUCCGAGACCAACCUGUUCGUGAUAUAUUAGAUCGAGUCACAAUCUUUCGAGAAUUGGAGCCAGCCCAAGUGUCGACCAUUUUGAUCAAUCUGGCGCUGUAUAUCGAGCGGGUCCAUUGUAAAUUCCAGGACCCACGUCUACUGCCGGAUAUGGCUCAGUUCCUGACCAAAAUCACAAAAUAUACAGCUGAAUGGGAUCAACAGCAAAUUCAAAAACAAAAAGAGCAGCUUCAACAGAUGAGGCUAACACAAGAUCAACAGCAGCAGCAGAUGAAGCAACAAGCUAAAAAGCAAUCUUCAAACCAUUUGUUCCCAGGAAAUACCUCGACAAUGGCUUCGAAUACGUCCUCACUCAAUUUAUUACAGCAACUUCACUUCCACCAACAGCAACAGUGGCGGCUGCAACCUGCAUCCCAAAAGCAUAUGCAUCUUCAGCAACAGUCCUCUGCUGGGUCGACUGCCUUAGACCUAAUAGGCCAGCACACUGUGACAGCCCCUUCAGGAACUGCAGUUACACCACUCGAAGUAACAGAUUCUACGAUUGAGUCACAAAAAGGUACUGCCGAAUCUACUUCAUUGAGCUUAUCUUACCCUACUUCAUUGUCAGGUGAGGAUGCAGCAACGCUAAUAACACAACAAGGCUCUCCCUUAACAAUGCCGCCUCCCAAUACAACAAAGUCCUCAGCUCAGGCUCCUCCUUCUAAUCCCUCCUCUACUACUGGGCCUCCUAUAGCGCCUCCGAAGCCACUGUUUACAGAGCAAAAACCCAGUGCUCUAAAACACAUGGAUUCUAUUGAUCCAGAGCUGAACCUAUUUGGGGGCACUGGCCAUCAAAACGAUACUCAGGAUUCUAAGGUCUCGCCUACAUCAUCUCAAAGGCAUCAACCUCAAUACCAGCAGCAACAUCUGCCUUCACACCACCGCAACCAACACCGCUCACAUAACCAUCGAAUUCAACCGAAAAAAGUACCAGUCCAAAAAACCAAUUACGUGUACCAUUGGGAUUACAGCAACGCAAUAUUAAAUAUGUGCUCCACCCUUAUGAUUAAGAACCCGAUGGAAGGACGUCAGUUGAUCCCAACAGUUAAGCAUGUCCUUAAGCAAGCGCUCCAUCGAGAUAGAAUCAGUGCCUCGGCCUUGGUCCGUCUAUUGACUGGAUAUUGUUACAUUGCAGAGCAGGAUUUUUCUAUAGCCCUCGUCAAUGCUUUUGGUGAGUUUAUCGUGGAGGAGCUGAGGACUUCGAUCCACAAUUAUACUAAUGUCAAACAUGGCGAUGAACUGGCGCAAAAAGAAGAUGAGCAAGGAGCGGGGAUACGAGAGGACAGUAUAUUUGAUAGCCGCCACGGAUAUCGCUCAUUUGGAAAACACGGCAAAGAUGGUAGUGAAAGAAAGGGUAAGGAAGGCGUGGCGUCAACAUCGACUGUUGGGUCAGGGGAACAUGGUGUGGGUGCAGGCAUCAAGGCCGGAGUAGGCGCAGCAGUCAAUGUUGGGUUAGGCAACUUAGGGCUUAGUGAUGAUAUUGGGUUAAGUGCAGGACAAUACACGGGUGGGCGUGGCAGGAUUUCGCCAAGUAAUUUACACCUGCUGCAUCAUCUACUUAUUUGGGAUAUUGAUCCUAGCUACAAUAUGGAAUGGACGCGUAUCAAAUGGAAUAUUCUAGGUUCCAUGCGUUUCCCACCUGGCCAUCCGAUCUUGUUCCCUGGUGCUAACGAUGCUCUACGUCACGAGACUGCGCUGAUCGUUAGAGAUUGGGUUGAUCAAGAUUAGAUAAACCUAG